CAUCAGUUGGUGUAAAUUCCUCCUCUGAAAUCUUGGAUGAUUCCUGCAGAUCAGCGCCGGCUCUGGACGUGUGCGGACGGUGCUUUGGCACAGGGUCUCACCAUUUUUUUUGUAAUUUUUUGGUAUAUUUAGGGUCAUACAGUUUUAAUUUUAUACAUGAAAAGGUCAUUUUUGUUUUUUUGAACACACAAAAAGGGCCCUAAAUUUUUUUGAUUUGUAUAAGAAAGGGCCCUAAAAAUUUGUUUGUGCACAUGGCCUAAAUAUAUUCUGAGCCGGGCCUGCUGCAGAUGCAGAUAAAAUAUCAUUAAAACAAAAACUCAACCUCAUAAACUCAUAACAACCUACAUAACAAAAUGGCUUCAAGAUGGAUAUGGAAUAAUUACCCCGUCUUACUUAGAAGAGUGUUGUUGAUUGAAAUGUUCAAAGCUCUUGUCAAGAGUUGAGUUCUUAUGUUCCUCACUCAUUGCUCCAGAGUAUGAUUCCAUAAAGCUUUCCUUCUCAUCCUCGUUAGACUCUCUUCUCCUUCGCUAUCAUCUUCAAAGUCAUUAAAAUCCAUCUCCAUCUGCCUCUCUUGAAGAACAGGUUUUAACUCAUCUUCACCAACGUACAGCCUAGAAUCAUUGUCAGAAACAGGAACGCCCUUGGCAAAAAAACGCAGAUGUGAAUCAAAAUAAAAAGUUACAAAACUUUUGGGUUGAGUUUAAAAAGAAACUAGCUAGGAGGAAGCGUGUGGUACUCAUUUGUUAUGCCAGUCUUGAAUGAGAGCACGAAGAGUUUGGUUUGGUGUGAGAAGUUGAUAGUCUACUACUCUCAUAUUUUUUCAUAGGAGAUGUGUCAUGUCCCAUGCUUAGCCAUUCCCCUAUAGCGUCAAGCUCAUAGGAAAACACGUCCGCUGCAACAGGUGUAUUCUUCAUCAGCUAUCUAAGAUACAUAUAAUCCAAUUGUAAUUGGCUUUUGAAGUUUUUUUGGAUCUUUCUAGUUGAUAUCAUGUAUAUUACGCUGUAAUAUGAAACUACAUAUGUGUCCGGUGUCCCCAUGCAUGGCCAUCUAUUCAUGCACGCGUGAAUAAUGAUUUGCUUAACGAAUACGUUACACGUACCUAAUUAACAAAAGUACUAUUAAGUCAUGAAGACUACGUGGACGAAUUGAUAAUUUUUGAAGCAUAAAAAAUGGUAAUGUGAGCUUUUUUUUGUUGCAUUUUGGAAAACAUAUUAUGAAAUAUCUCCCAAACGGCCAACUCCAUCAAGAACUUUUCCUACAAGGAAGUCACUGUGGACUAUUCUAUUCAAAACAUUAAUGGCCAUGAAUGUUUAUCGUUUUCUAAAUGCUUUUCUUUUUGGCUAAUUGUUUUUUUUCAUAAUAGUUUUCCAGUUUUCUAGUUUUUUUUUAUUUUUGACUAUAAUUUUAAAAUUGACUUUUAAGAUUUGUUUGUAUGUAUGUCUUCACCUUUAUUUUCUUGUUUGCUAAAGUUGAAAUUACUAACAUAAAAUAUCUAAGUAUUUAAUUUAAAAAAAAAUUGAAAAAUAAUAAUAACUCUUUUUAAUGAGUUAAACAAAUUAUGAGUUAUAAAUAUUAUCAAAGAAACAAAAACAAAGUCUUAGGAAGAAAACAUGCUUUAGGUGAAAGCCAAGUAAUAUAGCUUUGUAUUCUUCAUUAAGAAUUGGCGAAAACCUUAAAAACUACAUUUCAUAAUUUUUUAGAAGAAGAAAAAAAUACUUCUAUUAGAAUCUUGAACGGGUCAUAAAAAUUAGUUUUUGACCCCUCAAACACUCUAAAAUAAUAUCAUUCGAGGCUUAUAUUAAUACUGUUCUUCCUUCUCAUUUACAAGUAUGAGUGAGUUCUUCAGUUUGCGUCAUUUUAGUUUUCAAAGCAAAGUUUUUUUUUGUGUGUAUGUAGAUGGGUUGGUGGAAGAAGAAGAAGUCACGAGCCGUUGUUAAAGAACAGACGUGGGACAGAGACCAAUGGAGAGGAGAGAAAAUUCUAGAAGCGCUAAUCCAAUGCUGUGAUGGCAAACCAAAUUCCAUCAAAUUCUUCACUGCUGAUCAAAUCCUCAAAGCCACUCAAAAACAUUUUUGCAAGUGUAACAUCCUUGAAAGACGUCAAAACAUCUGCGAGUGUAGUCGUGUUUCCGAAUUAUAUUUUCAUGGGAAAUGGUAUUCAGGUACGCUCGAUAACCAUCGCAUGAUUCUACUUAGGAAAAUGAAGGGAAGAAGUCCACAUCCCCCUAGAGACAUCUGCACUGGACCUCCUAAGGACGUAGCGAUAUCUUCGAUGGUGAGUGAUCACAAAAAUUUCAUGAAGUUGGUUGGGUGCUGUUUUGAGUUUGAAUAUCCAGUCAUAGUUUAUUAUGGUGGAGAGAGACAAUACUCACCUGUAGAUUUGAAUAAGAUAGUGUCAUGGAGAAGGAGAAUGAAGAUAGCAGAGGAAGUUGCAACUGCUUUAGCUUAUCUUCACGUUGCGUUCCCAAGACCCUUUGUGUAUAGGAACAUGGGGUUGAAAAAUAUAUUAUUAGAUAAAAAUGGCGUAGCGAAGUUGAAUGAUUUAUCUUAUUGUGUCUCGAUUCCAAAAGGAGAAACACAUGUCAAGCUUACUUGGGCUGGUAAAGACUACGAUUACAUGGACAAUGAUUAUAUUUUCAACCGCGUAGUGUCGGAGAAAACUGAUGUUUUCGGGUUUGGUGUUUUCAUGCAAAAGCUUUUGACCGGAGAAAAUUUUGAGGAGCUUUGUGGUUGGAAGAAUUGGAGAGAGAAGAACAAGUUUCCGAAGUGGUUGUCCUCGUACAUGGGAGAAGGAAGAAUGGGUGAGAUCGUAGAUCCAAAGAUGAGUUUGGUUUUAGAAGUAGAAGAGCGUUGUCUAAUGGAAGCUUUUCUUGUCCUCUCAGAAAGAUGUAUUGGUCUUAGAGGGGAAGUUCCAAAAAUGGUGGAAGUGGCUAAGGAACUAAGGAGGUCAUUAAAACAAGGGGAAUAGAGAAAAUCACGAGAGAUGUUGGAGAGGCGUAGAAGUGAUGAUAGGUUCUGUUUAUUAUGUGGUGACUGACUUUCAAAGUUUUGAUCUUAUUUUCGGGUAUUUUUGCUAUAAGAAAAAGAAUUUUGAGUCAAUGAAUAAGGAAAAAGAAAGAAGAAAUAUGUGAUUUGAAUCAUUAUUUAGUCUUUUUUUUUUUUUUUUGAUAAAAGGACGUUAUAUUUUUGUAUCAAGGGGAAGAAAAUUUUGCCGACAUGUUAGCGUGUAACAUCAAGAGCAUGCAUCGCUGUCCAAUGUGGGUCGAGGUUGCUUAGCUAUUCAAGAACCUCGUAUUUAUGUUCUCACUAGUUAUUUAAAAAUAAAUAAUAAUUCCCAAAUUUAGUUUGUCUUAUGAAGGUUUUAUAUUCAUGUUUGUUAGUUUUGAUAAUUUUAGUUUACGUAUGAAACUAAUGCAGCUAAAGAAAUGAUCACAUGCAUGGUCGGCUUUGGUGAGAGAUGUCUUUG